AUGCCGGCCGAAUCCAUCCGAACCGAACGAAAAGGAUCUGCUAGGAAGCCCAUCCAGAAGGCAACUGUGGUUAAAAGUGCCCGCGAGAACCAGAGUAAUCCCACAUCUACUGUCGAUAAAAAGAUCCUAGAUAGAAUUCAAAAGUGUCUCGACCGCGCCUAUCAUGUCAACACAACAGAGUUAGAAGCCAAAGCCGCCCUCUUUCUAUCGCAAAAGCUCAUGAAUCAACACAACGUGAGCCAAGCAGAUCUCAUGGCCAUCGAUAAUAAUAGCAGUAAGGCACAUUUCGGCGGACGGAGCAUCGUGUCUAUUACAAAAAUCGCAGGCUCAUCUAGAAAGGUUAUGAAAGAGGCUUUUGUUGGGAAAGUUGCAAGAGCAAUGUGCACCUUUUUUGACUGCAAGCACUUUUCAACCGAUUAUAGCACACACGUGGACUGGACCUUUUUCGGAAUUGCUAGUAAUACUGCUGCAGCAGCGAUGUCGUUUGAAAUGGCCCACAAUAACAUCUUGGAGUGGGCUUGUGCCUACAAAGGGGGCACGCCCACAUUCAGUUAUCGCCUCGGUGCAGCAGAUGGGCUUGUGGCCAUGGCCAAUCGGGAGAAGAAAAGAGAGCUUCGCCAUGUGCGGCGCAAAGAGCUGGAUUUUAUUGCGGCUAAGGAGCUGGAGGAUGCAAAGGAACGUCAAUCACAACUUGACAGGCUACGUCUUCUGCCAGCUCCCUUGACCGAUACCAACAUAUCAUCCUUAUCAUCCUCUGAUAGCGCUCAGGAUUCCAUGAAUCCAGAUUCUAACAUGGCCGACUUCGAUUCCGACUCCGAUAACGAGCUCGAGGAAGGAGAUGGCUUUGGUAUCAAGGCCGACUUCAACACGGACGAUGCGCAAGUCAUAGACUUAUGCGACGACAUAGAAGAAAGUAUCCAAGGUUUUCUAAAACGGGAGCCAGCCAAGCCAUCCAAUCCCUUCGAUAUUCCCAAAUUCAAAACGGAGACAGAAACCAGUAUCAAAACAGAGCCUAAGCCGCAGUCGAUGCCUGUAUCAUCUCCGUGGAAAUCUGGGAUGCAACUUGUUCAGUUCCGGGCAACAGCGGAGCAGGUUGCGGAUGAUUAUUUGAAGGAACACAAGAUCAAGCUACGCAGGGGUAGGAAACGCACAUCGACCAUUCGAGAUCUAAAUGCGUAUCGCCGGGGCCAGAAGGAUAGUUCAAAGAUCGAGUUUCAUCGACUAGAGCGAGAUUAA